AUGCCUGGAGCGAUGCAGAACAUGCAGAACAUGCAAGAGGCCAUGGGCCAAGGCUAUGGGAUGUCUUCACAGCAGCAACAACAGCAGCAAAUGCAAAUGCAGAUGAUGAUGAUGCAGCAGAUGGCUAUGCAGCAACAGAUGGGGCAAAUGUCACCCCAAAUGCUUGCUGCAAUGCAAGCACAAGCCGCAUUUUCAGGGAGGUCUGGCACUGCUCCGAGUAAUGGCUUGAAUGCCAACGCGCCAGAGUACGAUCCCUCUGCUUUGGGCAAGCUGGAGGAAAAGCUGCAGGCAGCAGUGCCUCAGAAGGAGGCCACGACUCUGGAGACGGUCACGGUAGGUCUAUUCCUGGAGGAGAUUGCCUACUUCAUGGAGGACAUGGAGAAAGAUCUUUGGUGGCUGCUACGAAUGGCGCACCAGUCGGGCGGAGCCCCAGAGUUGCUGACGGGCGACGAGCAGAUUGAGCCGGUGGAUGCUGCUGUGGAGGCGGCCAUCCAGAGGCUGAAGGAGCGCGCUGACAAGCACGCGGAGGAUCAUGUAGCUCAGGUUCGAGCCAAAAUCGCGAUCAUACCUUCGGUGGACAAGGCUGAGUGGGAGGCUCAGGGCCUGAUGUUGAUGCAUUCCAACAAAUCGGCCGGACUCGGCCGGACUCGGCUCCGGAUGCGGUCGUUGGUGGUGGGCGCCUCGCGGGGCCUCGGCCUGGCCUUGGCGCGGCAGCUGGCGCCGCGGGGCCGAGUCCUCUGCGCCGCGCGCAGCGAGAGCCCAGAGCUCCGGGAGCUUCGGAGGUUGUACCCGGACACAGUGACGGUGCUGCAGAUGGAUGUGACCGACGCCAAAAGCAUCGCCGCCGCUGCAGCGGCGGCUCGUGAAGCCCUGGCCUCAGCGUCGGCUUCGCCAGGGCUGGAGCUGCUGUGCCACACGGCCGGGCUUCUGCCGCCCGGCGGCCCGCUGAAUGCAGACGGGGCACUGCCAGAGCAGCAGUGGCCGUGGAUGGGCCAAAGGAUGUUGCCGGCGCUGAGGCAAGACAAAGCUCGAGGCGUCAUUCCUGAGAACAGUCUUCAACGAGUGGAACCCGACGCGGUGGCGUACUCUUUUGCCGUGAGCCUUGUCAUGGACAGCUGUUUGAAUGCCAUUGGGCCACUGCUGGUCUUGAAGCACUUCUCACCGCUGCUGAAGGCUGCGGCGCAGCAGCAGGGCAGCGCUGCCGACGACCCUUCUGGCACGCCGGGCGCUGUCGCAGUCUUCUACAGCGCCCGUGUGGGCUCUAUCGGCGACAAUGCCUCAGGUGGUUGGUACUCCUAUCGCAGCAGCAAGGCCGCCUUGAACCAGGUGGUUCGCAGCAGUGCUCUUGAGCUGCGGCGAGCGAAGGUCUGCUGCUUCGCGCUCCACCCAGGCACCGUGGACACGGACCUCACGGCGCCCUUCGCGAGAGGUGCCCUGGUGAUCAGGACGGUCUUGGGGCUGCUGGGCGCGCUUCAACUGUACGUGGGCCUGGCCCUCGCAGAGGUGCCCUUCCUCCUGGGUGUUUCAACAGACGAUGAGGGCAAAGCGGCAGCCCUGAUUCAGAACUGCUUGAUUUUCGCCUGUUGGUUUGUGGAGAGCAGCUGCCUGGCAGAGCAGCCGCUGCCAGCUGUUCAGGGUGCGCUUUGCCUGGUGGUGGGCCUAGCUUGCACCCUCAUCGACUGGGCUGGCCCUACGCCCUAUGAUGACAUGCGUGCUGGCUUCGCAAGCCAGAUCGCAGGUUGUGACGGGGGUUUUCGGUCGCCCUUUGUGCUCUACGUGAGCGUGUGGGUGACCGGCCUGAUCUUCGGCACGUUGCUCCUCUUCUUUGAGGAAGGUGCGCUUUUCGUGAGCUGUGGCGAGGGGACGAGCCUUGGCUUGCCGCUGCGGCGGAAAGUGCUGCCGGUGGUCUAUGGCCUGGCCACCUCGAUGUCCUGCGUCCUCUUUGCCACAGGUUCUGCAACCAACGACAUGAGCUGGGUGACGGCUGGUGUCCUGCUGCUGGUGAUUUCAGUGCUUUGCGCCUGGGAUUGGCUCUGGUCCUUGCAAAUGAACAUGGCGACGCUGGGGGCGCUCUUUCAGGGUUUCGCCAUUGCCUUGCGGGCUGUGCAGAACCAUGCAGUCUUCCGAGACCUGCGCUGGGAUCCAUCGGAUGCCAAGGGGCUACUGGUUGUUUACGAGUUCCCGGGGCUUCAGAUCUUCAUGUUUGGCCUGUUCUUGAUGUUCAUCUCCCUGCAGUUCUACCUGUACACAUGCCACUGGGAGGAGUGGGGUAAUCAAAGCCUGGAGCCUGAGGCCCCAGCAUUUCCCUAUGAGUCCUUGCCAAAGCUUCGUCAGAGUGGAGCGAUGCUGAAGGACCUCGGUCAAACAGAGCGUGAGGCAGAGCAGGAUGAUGAGUUGUGCAGUGGGAGCCAAUGGUGGCAGUGGCUCUUGCUUCCGCUGUGCAUCGUUUGCCAGAUCAUUGGCGUGCACGUCCCUUUAAUUUACACAGAGUGUGUUUUUCCACAAGUGACCUGGUUUCACGACGAUCCUGGGGGCUACAAAGUGUCUCAAGGGGAGUCGUACACAGAUGUCAUUCGCUGGCUCUAUCAACGUCAUCUACCAUGCUCUGCGCUUGUGGCUGCGUACAAUGCCAUGCUGCUGCCGCCGCUGCAGUUCUUGAUGAUAUUUCUCAUUCUGCUGCGGUCCAGCCUGGUGCCGUCCGAGCUGCGCCGGUCCAUGCAGAACUAUGUGAUGACCCUGGCGCCCAUGCGCUUUACCCAGCCCUCCAUUAUGAUGUUGGUGGUGGGCAUUGCCAGUUUGCCCAUUCACAACCAGCACGAGGACAAUCUCCAGUACAGCGGCAGCUUCACCAGCGGCUACUGGUUCUUCCUGACCUACUGCAUCCUAAACCUAGUGCUUGCCUGGUCGGUGCAGCCCACCGAAACAUUGCAGACGCAGGCGCAGGGUGCCAAGAAGCUUCACCGAGACCCUCUCAUGGAGAUGGAGCUGAAGCACUGGCACGGGAAUGAGGAUUCAGAGUCGGAGGAGUCCCCGGGCUCCAACUCAAUUCCUGUCAUGGCUGUGCUGGUUGCGGGCCUUCCCAUUGUCACUUGUGCGUGCUUGGCGCUCCUGAACCCCUACCUGGAAUUCGAGUUUCGGGUCGCAGGUGUGGUGAUUCACCGGGUGACGCCAACAGUGCUGGACCUCUGGUUUAGCAUAGGCUCGGUGAACCACUUCCUCAUGUGCUACUGCGCCGCAACGCUGAUUGUCUUCCCACUGCUAUGGCUGGCCUGCCUUUGCUUCCGGCUCUUCUCCAAGCCGCUGCCAUGGCUUCGGUCGUUGGAGUCGCUGCUGCGGCCUUGGGUGAUGUGCCACAUCUGGGCAGCCUCGCUGGUGCUGGUCUAUUACAUUGUGACAGCCCGGAACAAGAACACAAUGGAGGUUUGUGCCAGCUUUCCGGCCGUGCCCAUCGCACCCUUGGCGAUCGUCCUCAUGGGAGCAGGCACCUAUGGCCUCAUCCACGCGGCCAAGGGACCAGGCCACACAGCUAUGCCUCCGCUGCCUGGGGGCAAGUUGUUCUGGCUUGGCGGGCCCGCCCUGACAAUGCUCAGCAUCGGUGGCCUGCUGUCAACCACGGGUCCUGUGCGACCGCCUGCCAUUCAGAGCCUGCAGGACCUCAACCAGCAGUUUGUACACCUUGCCCCCGUGGUGAACCAGCGCAUUCACAGGGAUGUGACAGAAUCGUUUGGCGAUUGCCAGACACUGUGGGAACAUUUGGCGGAGCAAGGCCAGCAGCCGCGCAACCGCAGCAGCUGCUCCGGCAACGCCCCGUUGCUGCAGAAGGAGCUGCAGAUGGGCUCUGCGACGGCAGCAGGGGGCAGGCAUCUCUUCAAGAUCACGGCGCUGUGGGCUAAGGGGGUCAACACCUUGCAGCUCCUGGGCAUGGCAGUGCAGCCGCCUUCCCGUUUGGUGCCCCAAGUCUGGCACUUGAACAUCUCAGCAGCAUUUGAAGACCUGCAUGUUUUCAUGAGAGUUCUGGUGGAUGACAAAGCCUGGUUCGACGGUUACAUGUGCUGCGACCAGCCCUUCCACUUCCGACUCCAAGUGACUGUGAAGUGCCUGCAGGAUAUUGGGUUCCAAGACUUGGAGGUGGAUUUGGUUGAAAUGGACAAGGUUGUGUUGGCCAACGGUGCCGCGCUGACUGGCCCAGCCUGGGCGGCAGUGAGCUCCGAUCUGGGCCGACGCGAGCUGGUGAAGAAGGUCAUCGAAGACUUUGCAUCCCUGCACACUGGCCAGGUGCUUUUAUCGAGCCUCAACCAGAGGGCCACACGCAGCCGGCAGAUUGCCAGCGAUGUCCUCUCGGACGUGGUUCAGCUCAACACAGGCCACAUCUGCGCCAGUGAGCCCAGCGCACGCAGUGGUAUCAGUGAAGAGCAACUGAUGCCAGAGACAUUGCCUAGGCGCUGA